AUGACAGGACAUGAUUACUGCCAUAGUUAUCAAGUGAUUAAUGACAGGACUAGGGCUGCUGGUCUCGCAAGGGGCAACGUCCUUAGGUGCGAUCAGCGAGAUAUUCCAACCGCCAGAUGGUAUCGUUUUACUGGAGCGGCUGGCACGCAGAUGCCGACAAAGUGUGUGCCCAUUAACCGUUGUGGAACCCAUGCACCUGGAUGGCUAAGCACAUCACAUCCAACUAGAACUGGGCAAAUCAUCAAUGGCAAAGCAUGCUUUCACUGGUCCGGAAACUGCUGCCGGUGGUCGGCAAAUAUCAUGAUCAAGAAAUGCAAUGGCUUCUACAUUUAUAAGCUUGGUAGAACACCAUGUUGUUACCUUCGCUUUUGUGGGAAUGGAGGCUUUGGUGAGUUACAUCCAGUUUAAACUAAAGCAACCUACUAUGCUACAUUUCAAAUAAUUGAUUAGCCAUUUUUAAACAGCAAGAACUAUUUAUUAUUAUGAUACAUAUAGAUACACUUAGUUGGUCGUUAUAUACAACGCGAAAAGUUCAAAUCCAGUUGCACUUUUGAAAGGUUUGAAAAUUAUAUUUUUCCAAACCUUCUUGCAUACCGAAUGCUCAAAAUCAUAAUGGCCCCUAAAUAUAUUGCGAGAAAGGAUGUUAUUACUUAGUCACAAACGUGGCUGGAAAAUAAUGCAAUCAUAGUGAUUAUGAAACAAAGAAAAUCGUGGACAUUUCAUCUAAUUCUGACAGGUCAAUCGUGAGUAGACCAAUCGCAAUCAAGUUCGAGUAGAAGAAUUUAUCAUCGAGGCCACAAAGUGGAUGUCUUUGCUGUUUCCCGUUCAUUUUACUGACCAUGCUGACGAAUGGUUGUUAUCUUAAAACGAAAUAACAUGCUAUAAAUAUUUCUGGUGCUCGUGUUUCUCCAAUUUCCUGGUAGGGCCCAUAAGCACACUGCGCGGCGAUGUCUUCCUCGGCCAAUUGUAAGAAUAAAAUCCUUGAACAUUUUAAAUAUAUUUUUUUUUAUUUAUACAUGGCGUUUAUACUCUUCUUCAGGAGACGAUGGCUGCACUAACUACUUACAGUUAAACGAUAGAACCAGAGCUGCUAGUGUUCCUCGGGGAAAUAUCCUUAAAUGUGACCAAUAUGACAUGCCCGGGGAUCCAAAGUGGUACAGAUUCACUGGAGCAUCAGGACAAAUGAUGGCCACCUCCUGUGUUCCUAAGCAUUACUGUGGAACGCAUGCUCCGGGUUGGUUGAGUGGAGCUCACCCAACAAGUGUGGGGCAAAUUGUCAACGCCAGAGUCUGUUUUCACUGGGGAGGAAGUUGCUGCAAUUGGAACACUAAUAUCCAGAUCAAAAAAUGUAACGGGUUUUACGUUUACAAACUUCACAAGACCCCUGUCUGUUGGCUUCGCUACUGUGGAAAUGCAGGAUUCGGUGAGUCAAAGGCGGAAUAUUUAAAAUAGAACUUCUCAAGGUUAUUUUCUGCACGUCGUCUUCAUCAAAUCUUCCAACUCAUCUAUAAUCCAGACGGAGAACUAUGAAACAGUAAGGAAAGAACACAAAAACUACAAUAUCAAGUACUUCUUAUAUAAGUUUAUAAGACUUGCAUGGAGAAGUAUAAAUGUCUUGUAAUUGACCUAGCACUCACAUUUUCUCUUUAAUUAGAUGUGUGCAAGGUAAGCAAUCCUUGUAAGAAUGGUGCCACAUGUGUUCCCAAAAAUGGUGGGUACACAUGCAACUGCAAGUCAGGAUAUCAUGGUGUCAACUGCGAGCACGGUAAAACCUUUAAUAAAUUGCAAUCAAGUUCGAAAACCCCCGAGGGAUAUUUACCUUCACUAAAGCAAACCAUUAUAGUUAAAUUCCCCAACUACGCCCUCGGACACAAAUAAAACACAAUUCCCUUUUUUGGCACAGAGAGAAGUUUAUUAAGAAUACGAACCAACAGUAAACAAAAGCCAAUGAUAUGCAUAAUAGACUUCUCUGACACUCUAUGACAUCAUACAAAAUCACCCGGGGUGGGAGGGUGGGUGGGUGGAAAGAAAUACGAAACAAUACACAAUCUCUGGUAAAUGCUCAAAGUGAAAACUGACGCGAAGUUAAACACGAAACUCCUCGUGCUUGGUACUAGAAGGUGUGUGUUGCGCAAUUCGUCCCUUUGAACACGUGCUUGUCUGUAGAUGUCUUCUACAGUAGGUGCUAGCUCAAUAGGAAAGAAAAACAUUAGCAUAUAUAUUUCGUGGGGGAGUAAAGCUAUGAUGAAGUCGCUUACGCCAUCACGUCUGCAACACUAUUAUACAACACGCACAGACAAAUUUUAAACAAGAUCAAAGAGAAAAUUAGCAGGAAAUUACCGCCAACAAUUUGUAUAAAUUGUUAGAUAGUCUCACUGUACUUGAGAAAUGUCAGGCGAACAGUGUUUUUAAAAAACAAUUGCACUGGUAAAAAUAGCAAAGCUUUUUUCUAUCAUACAGAUGUAAACGAAUGCAACACCAGACCUUGCCGUAAUGGUGGAACGUGUGAGAACUUACCAGGAAGUUACAGAUGCAAGUGCAAACCAGGAUUUUUAGGGAAUCACUGCGAGAUCGGUUAGUUGAUUUUACGAAUCUUGUGCAAAGUGUGUUUCUUAUAUAAAUUUUUUAGCAAUUAGCCAAAAUUUCAUACUGAAUCUUUUCUAGAUAUAUUUGAAAAGCUUAUAGUGUGUUUGCGACCCUCGCGAAAGCAAUCAAUGUCGAAACAGACCUUUCCUGCAAAUCUUAUUUUCCGAUAAAUUUUCCCCACCACAAGCAUAUGAUGAAUGCAGGCAUUACCAAGUUCUCAGUGACAGACAGCGAGCUGCUGGAGUUCACAGGGGCAACAUCCUUAAGUGUGACCAAAGGGACCUUGUAACACCCAAAUGGUACAGGUUUACCGGAGCAGCUGGCACCCAGAUGCCCACGUCAUGUGUUGCGAAACAUUAUUGCGGAACUCAUGCACCGGGCUGGUUAGCGGGUUCACAUCCGACAAGAGUUGGUGAAGUUGUCGACCGUAAGGUUUGUUUCCACUGGGGUUCCAAUUGCUGCAACUGGAAUGCCUACAUUCGGAUAAAGAGGUGCAACGGGUUCUACGUGUACAAGUUGGCCCGGACUCCUGUAUGUUGGCUGCGGUAUUGCGGGAAUGCCGGUUUUGGUGAGUCAUGUAUAGCUCUAUUCUUAUACUUAGAAAUGGUAACUUAACCAUAGAACAUUGUUUCUAGAGUAAUUUUGCAAGUUUGACCUUUUAUUUGACACAAACGGGGUACGCAUCCUGUGAGCAGCAACGUCAUAAGAAGCAAAUCAUAGCUCGUCAUUAAAUUUUGAUUGAAGUCAUCUUUAGUCGUUCCAUGUCAUAGAAUAAAACCGGAAGUAAAUGCACUCCUUUUGUUUACCAGAUCCCUGUAGAACAAGCAGGCCUUGUAAAAAUGGUGCGACAUGUGCUAACCAGAAUGGUGGCUAUAAAUGCCUCUGCAAACCUGGGUACCAAGGGAUAAACUGCGAGCAAGGUAAAAGACACGAGACAUCGAUUUUUUUAAAGAAACACUUUUAUUGCAAUCACUAUAUCUGUAAGAGAAUUUGGACAAGGAAACGUUUACAGUCAUUGUGAUCCAAUUGUGACAAUUUACUGGAAUAGGAAAAUUGGCCUUAAGUCACCUCGAAGUAAAAACCAUUGAUACUUAAUAAAACAAAAUAAGGUAUGAGGCUGUCUCUGAGUCAUAUAUGUAACACUCAUCGUUUUCAAUUUUUUAGAUAUCAAUGAAUGUCUAACGAGGCCUUGCCGCAAUGGCGGCACUUGUGAGAACUUAGCGGGAAGCUACAGAUGCAAAUGUAAACCAGGAUAUUUAGGAAAACACUGCGAGAUCGGUUUGUAUUGUUCAUUUGAGUGUAGACCUCCCGGUUUUUCAUAAAACUCAUCUUUAUUUGACGUCUCUUAAGAGUCAUUUGACAUCUGUGUCGGGGCCGUCUUCGUUAAGUGUAAGUGAAUAAAGGGUAAGGUCUAGGGAAACUGUGAUGCUGCGUUGGUGGGGGAGUAUAGCAAGACAAUUUUGGUUCUAUCAAAUGAGUUGAUAAUGUAAACUGACCGCCGUAAAGAGUUUCAAAGCUGAUGUUAGCCCUUCGUCAGAGCUCUGACGUAGGGCCAAUGCUUGGAAAUGUCAGCUUUGACCAAUUAACAUUAUUAGCUUCGUUACUGAAAUAAAAAAUUACAUUAAGUAUAAUGUGGUUGAGAUGAAAGUUAUAAAGCGUAAUUUCGUUGUGUUACGCCUGGCCUAAUGAAUAAAUUUUCCUUGUUUUAUCCUUUUUUCUGUUGGCCUGAUCUCAUUUAAUGUUUUGUGACUUAGACGACGUCACUAUUCGUUAUUACAAAAAGCUUAAAUCCCUCAGAGAUUGAGUUUCUGCUACGCUUGCAAAAUGUAGAAAGUCUGGUGUAAGCAAUCGACAGUUUUGAGAUAUGGAAUGUUUUCGGACUUUAAUGUGCAGUUGUUCAAUCUGUUUUUUUGUAGUAUUUGAUGAAUGCAGACACUAUGAAGUCCUCAACGACAGAGAGCGCGCUGCAGGGCGUCACAGGGGUAACAUCCUUAAGUGUGACCAGAGAGAUCUUGUUACCCCUAAAUGGUACAGGUUUACCGGAGCGGCUGGUGCUCAAAUGCCAACGGCAUGUGUUCCGAAACACUACUGCGGAACUCAUGCACCAGGAUGGUUGAGUGGCUCACAUCCAACAAGAGUCGGGCAGGUUGUGAACGGGAAGGUGUGUUUCCAUUGGGGCUCCAACUGUUGCAACUGGAAUGCUGCCAUUCAAAUAAAGAAAUGUAACGGGUUUUACGUUUACAAACUUUCGAGGACGCCUGUAUGUUGGCUGAGAUACUGUGGAAAUGCCGGCUUUGGUGAGUUGGGUAUCGCCUAUUUUUCUUUCUUUCUUUGUAUGAAAAGUAGGAUCCCCGAAUUCACUCUACGAUUUUGAGCUUUCCGGAAAGAUAUACGCUGAAUAUGCUACAUUUAAACCUCGUGGAUAGUGUUCAUGUCACGUUAACGGUUGUCAUUUAAUGUUAUUUGUCACGAAUGAAACCAAGAGAGGAUAAAAAUCUUCGGGAAUGCAGGGUUUUUUUAAGUCUAUAGUUUUAUUCAACUUUCUUAUGUAGUAGUGUUACAGGACAGAGAUAUGUGAUUGUGUCGUGAUGGAGGCUUUUGCCCUUUAGAUGACAUGAGAGGUUAUGAAAAUAGGGUUCAUACUGCAUAGAAGUACAAUAUUUGUACGUUUCUAUGUUUCUAAUUGGGUUAACGCCUCGGCGUUGUUAUAUAUAUGAUUUUUGCUUUCUUUUAAUCUUCGUUAAUCUCACUAUUAUCAUUUUGAAUAUAACUAGUAUCAGUAUUAUCAAUCCGAUCGUAAAUAGUAUGGGUAUUAUUUUUCAUUACAAAUUCUUCAAGACCCGUGCAAAGCUAGUAAGCCUUGUCAAAAUGGCGCCACUUGUGUCAACCAGAAUGGACGCUACACUUGCCUCUGCAAGCCUGGGUACCAAGGAAAGAACUGCGAGCAAGGUGAGGUAUCUAGGAGGACAUCCUUAAAAAUCAUUGAAUCUAAAAAUACAACGUAAAAUGGUGUCGCGUAUUCUUUGUCAAACUUACUGCAAUUGACUGCCGGUAAUUGGUCGGAAAAGAAUGGAAAACUAUCCCACGUGAACAAAAAAAUAAUGUACCCUUUCAAAUAAUAACUGACAUAAGGACAUUAAAAGGAAUUCAUUUUAUUCAAAAUUCCAAAUUUAUAGUUUUGUUUUUCUGAUCAUGAACAUAUUAAACCGGAUAAUAAUAAUAAAGGAAUUGAAGACAUAGUCCUUUCGUGAAUGUACAAAGGGCGAAAAGGCAAGCCUAUAAAAUUGAGGCUGGCAAGGUUCUUACUGUUUUGAUACAAUUAUGUACAGAUUUACAUACAGAAAAAAGGCUAUUAGAAUGGUAACAACAAUGUUGCUAGUGAGAAAUGAUUACAAUGAUAAUAAAAACAAAAUCAAAUAUAUGUUCGGUUUGUCUUUAGAUGUUAACGAAUGUGUCACGAAACCUUGCCGUAACGGUGGAACUUGUGAGAAUUUACAGGGUAGCUACAGAUGCAAAUGCAAAGCAGGAUUUCUUGGCAAGCACUGCGAGAUAGGUUUGUAUGCUUGCCAUUUGUUUUUUUCCUUUAGCGCUCAUGUUGCUGUUUUCUUUGUUGUUGUUGUUGUUACCGUUUUUCUUUCAAGUUUUUGCCUGUAAAUAAUUGAAAUAACUGUUACGACUUUUAUGAUAUUAACUUUUCUGUUGAGCAGUUUCCUUACUGUCUAUUUGUAUUUAAGUUAAGAGAAAAAAGUUUUUUAAAGUGUUUAUGGUAUUCUCUGAAUCAAAUAUAAUGUCUUAACUGGCGUGAGAUGCACAUCGGGAGAAUGCUGUAAUCUUUUUAUCUUAUAUUGCAGUUUUUGAUAAUUGCAAACAUUAUGAAGUUCUAAGUGACAGAGAGCGGGCUGCUGGAGUUCACAGGGGCAAUAUCCUUAAGUGUGACCAGAGGGAUCUUGUUACCCCCAAAUGGUACAGGUUUACAGGUGCAGCUGGUGUGCAGAUGCCAACGGCCUGUGUUCCAAAACAUUACUGCGGAACUCAUGCGCCAGGAUGGUUGAGUGGCUCACAUCCAACAAGAGUCGGGCAGGUUGUGAACGGGAAGGUGUGUUUCCACUGGGGCUCCAAUUGUUGCAACUGGAAUGCAGCCAUUCAGAUAAAGAAAUGCAAUGGGUUUUACGUGUACAAGCUUUCGAGGACACCAGUAUGUUGGCUGAGGUAUUGCGGAAACGCAGGGUUUGGUAAGUCUAUAGUUUUUAUUAACUUUUUUCUGGUAGUGUUACAGGACAGAGAUAUGCAAUUAUGUCGUGAUGGAAGCUUUUGCCCUUUAGAUGACUUGAGAGGUUAUGAAAAUAGGGUUCAUACUGCAUAGAGUUACAGCAUCUCGGCGUUAUUAUUUAUAAGAUUGUUGUUUUCUAUUAAUCUUCAUUAUUCUCAUUAUUAUCAUUUUAAAUAUGCCUAUUAUUAAUAUAAUAUUAUUAUUCUCAUUAUAAAUACUAUUGGUAUUAUUUUUCAUUACAAAAUCUUUUAGACCCGUGCAAAGCUAAUAAGCCUUGUCAAAACGGCGCCACCUGUUUAAACCAGAAUGGUGGGUACACUUGCCUCUGCAAGCCUGGGUACCAAGGAAAGAAUUGUGAGCAAGGUGAGGUAUUUAGGAGGAUAUCCUCAAAAAACAUUGGAUCUAAAACUAGAUAGAAAAAUAUUGGCGUGUAUUCUUUGUUCACUGAACUUACUGUAAUUAACUGUCGGUGGUUUGUCGGAAAGAAUGGAAAACGUAUCCACGUAAACAAAAAAAAAUAUACUUUGUCAAAUAAUAAAAACAUGAGUUCGUUAAAGGAAGUUUAUUUUUAUUCCAAAUUCCAAAUUAAGAGUUUUGCAUAUCUAAUCAUGGACAUAUUAAACAAUAAUAAAGGAAUUGAACAUAUAGUCCUUUAAGGUGAAGUGAAUGUACGAAAGGCGAAAAGCAAUCCUAUAAAAUAGAGGCUGGCCUGGUUUUUACUGUUUGAUACUGUUACGUACAUAUUUACAUACAGAAAUGAGGUUAUCGAAAUAUUUAUUAUGUUAAUAGUAAUACAAGAUUUUAAUGACAACCGUGAUAAUAGGAACAAAAAGAUUUGUUUGGUUUGUCUUCAGAUGUUAACGAAUGUGUCGCAAAACCUUGCCGUAACGGUGGAACUUGUGAGAACUUAAAGGGUAGCUACAGAUGCAAAUGCAAAGCAGGAUUUCUUGGCAAACAUUGCGAGAUAGGUUUGUAUGCUUGCCAUUUAUUUUUCUUUAGCGUUGAUGUUGCUGUUUCUUUUUUGUUGUUGUUGUUGUUACCGUUUUUAUUUCAAGCUUUUACCUGUAAAUUUUAAGUAACCCCUUUAACGAAUUUUAAAUUUUUCCUUCAAGCAGUUUCAUUUCUGUUUAUUUGGAUUUUUGUUUAGAGGCAAAAAUAUAGUUUUUUAAUGUUUAUGGUAUUUUUCGAGUCGAAUAUAAUGUCUUAAGUGGAGCUAGGGAUAAACUAGGAAUAUGCGUAAUCUUUUUAUUUCACGUAUAUUGCAGUUUUCGAUAAUUGCAAACAUUACGAAGUUCUUAAUGACAGAGAGCGGGCUGCUGGAGUUCACAGGGGAAAUAUCCUCAAGUGUGACCAGAAGGAUCUGGUAACUCCCAAAUGGUACAGGUUUACCGGAUCAGCCGGCACUCAGAUGCCAACGGCAUGUGUUCCAAAACAUUACUGCGGAACUCAUGCGCCAGGAUGGUUAAGUGGCUCACACCCAACUAAAAUCGGGCAGGUUGUGAAUGGGAAAGUGUGUUUUCACUGGGGUUCCAACUGUUGCAACUGGAAUGCAGCCAUUCAGAUAAAGAAAUGCAAUGGGUUUUAUGUGUACAAGCUGACAAGGACGCCUGUUUGUUGGCUGAGGUAUUGCGGAAAUUCAGGAUUUGGUAAGUUUAGAACUAUCCUCCAUCUUAUUCAGAAAAAAAUAAACGAAAGAUUCAUCUAAAUGAUAUUUAUAUUCAUAUUUAUCUCCACUAUUCACAGACCCAUGUAAAGCAAGCAGGCCUUGCCUAAAUGGAGCCACCUGUGUCAAUAACCAGGAUGGAUACAAAUGCCUAUGUAAGCCUGGCUAUCGAGGGAAAAAUUGCGAGCAAGGUUAGGAAUACCAUAUUUCUGUCUUAUGAGUUUUCUUGCAUGAUUUGUUUCGUUUCGUCCUGUUUUUUCGUUUGUUUGUUUAGUCGUCCACACGGAGAUCGUCACCAUACUCAUGCUGUACCUUGCUGAGGUGAAAACCUUUCGUAUAUUUUUCCAGAUGUCAACGAAUGCUUAACUAGACCAUGUCUCAACGGUGGAACAUGUCAGAAUUUAGCAGGAAGUUACAAAUGCAAAUGCAAACCAGGAUUCUUAGGAAGACGCUGCGAGACGGGUAACCUUAAAGGAUAUUUUUUUUGAACCACUUGCCUUUUGAGUAUUGCCUCCUCUGAUUAAAUGUUAGUGCAACCUCAGAUUUACCAAAUUCUGAUUAUUUAAAUAUUCUUUGUUAGAGUAGCAAAUUGGAUUAAUCGCAAGUCGCACAUAACCUUUGGAAAUACAAUGAUAGCUCAUCAAUGUCUCUAAAAAUUUGUGCAAUGUUUUUUUGCAGCGUUUAAUCCAUGCUUGCAUUACGAGACCCUCAGUGACAAGGAUAGAGCCGCAAGUGUCCAUAGAGGAAAUAUCUUGAAAUGUGACCAGAGGGAUUUAGUAACGCCAAAAUGGUAUAGAUUUACAGGGGCAGCAGGCACCAUGAUGCCUACCUCCUGUGUUCCGAAGCAGUACUGCGGAACUCAUGCACCGGGUUGGUUGAGCACUGCGCAUCCAUCAGUCGUCGGGCAAGUUGUCAGCGGAAAGGUGUGUUUCCACUGGGGGUCUAGAUGUUGUAACUGGAACGCGAAUAUCCAGAUAAAGAAAUGCAACGGAUUUUUUGUGUAUAAGCUUGCAAGGACUCCGGUGUGUUAUCUCCGCUACUGUGGCAAUGCGGGAUAUGGUAAGAUGUAUUGAUGAAAUACAUAAUUAUCUCAGAGAGUGAAGCUUAUUAAGUUCAGUAUAUUUAGAAUUCGUAAAGUUUGAGCUGACUGACCAAGAUGAAUGUUUCUUGCUAGGCGAGUGUAAAAUGAAUAAACCAUGCAAGAAUGGGGCAACAUGUAUCCAGAAACCAGAUGGGUAUUCUUGCGUCUGUCCUUCAGGUUUCCAAGGAAAGCAUUGCCAAAACGGUAAGUUAAAAAAAAAAAAGAGAAACAGCGUUAGAUUUACGAUACUGGUAACAUGGAAGCUUGACGAAGACCGGCUACAUCACUGAACGGCUUUUUAAAAGAUGUUACGAUUCUGUUGCUCCUAGCAUUAAAUUUUUUUAAAAACCGGCAUCCCAAGUACGAUGUGACUCAAAUUAAAAUAACAAAAACAAAAAAAAAAAGAGAAAAACGACAAAAAGUUGAGUGUUAUCAUGUUUAGAAAAGUGUCAUAAGUCGCUAGCGAGGUUUACAUCAAUGAAUGUUUAUCACUACGUGAAGGUUACGUGUUCAUGCGACAUUCAGACACAUUCUUUCAGACAUCAAGAAUUCUUGCUAUCGACAAGUUUCUAUGGCCAUUAAACUAAAUCAGUGCGGUUAAGGCUGAAAAAAUCAAAGGCUCAAAUGAGUCUUUAUUUUCCUUUGUCGCCCUACAUUUGAUGCAUUAAGCUGAAUACUUCAGGAUUCAGGCCAUUCUUGCAUUACCUAAAAUGAAUGACUGGUCAUCCUAAAUGUUGAUAGCUUUGUCGUAAAAAGCUUAGCCAUCAGGAAAAGUAUUAUUAGGGUAUGGAUUCCAAGUUAAAUUGUCAUCAGUUUAGAGGAAUUUUAAAUUUUGCCAGACUUUGUGAAUAAUCUGAUCAAAUUUUCGUACCAUCCCUCAGAAAUAAACGAGUGCCUGGUACACAAGCCAUGCAAAAAUGGUGCAACAUGUAUCAACACAAUCCGAGUGCACCUUUGUCGUUGUUUCAGCGGAUUCACGAGAAAAAAUCGCAACCAAUAAAUAAAUAAUAUAUAAUAUAUAAAAUAAUAAUAAUAAAUAUCGCAUUUGCCUUUAGGCCCACAACGUACGUUUUCGAAAUCGAAAUCGGCCUAAUCAGAUAAUCUUGAGUUAGCUAGAUUUUCAAACUUUGUGUACUUAAAAGGCACAAUAACGUUCGUCCUAGAGUUGAGAUCAUUUUUUCGUUUACCUUUCAGACAUCAACGAGUGCCUAACAACAAAACCGUGCAAAAAUGGCGCCACUUGUGUUAAUAGCAAUGGGGGAUACAGGUGUCUUUGCGUCCCUGGAUUUCAAGGGAAACAUUGUGAGACAGGUACAAAUAGUUCUCCAUAGUAAAAUAAAGCGAUCAAAACUGUACGCUGGUUUGGACGCAAAGAAAACGAAGCGUUUAUGAUAACACGAGAACAGCGUUUCGAAAACGUACUAUGUGGACGGGGUCUCAGUCAAUAAGCAUUUUAUCACAUGACCACUGUCUAAGCUUUGAAAUGUUCGAGUCAAAACAAGAAACCGGCAAUUUAUCGAAAAACAUGACCUUUUAAAAGGUUUUCCACUUCUGUCACUCUUUUUUUGCAACGAAAUUGUAUAUUGGGGUUGACGGCUUUUUCCGGAGCGACUGACUUCAACCCGUCAGGCCCUGCACACAUCAACCACCACUAUGGUUUCUUAUGGGAUUGCGUGACAGGGGACGGACGGGUCAUAUGAGAAUAAUUCUUAUAGGAAAUUAUCCAUUCAUUUUCAUAAUUAAACCUCCCGUGUAUCCUUCUUUUUUUUAUUUAGAUGUGAAUGAGUGUUUAAUAAAUGGCAUAUGUAAGAAUGGAGGAACCUGUAUCAAUACUCACGGUGGAUAUCGAUGUCAGUGUUUGAGUGGAUACCAAGGGAAGCACUGUGAACAAGGUACAAAGAAUCCUCUCAGAGUAUCAUCCUCUGACGAAUGUUAUGCCGGCUGUGUAUCGAAUCAUAUUAAUGAAUACUAUAACCUAAACGGUUGAGGAACAUUUUUGCUUUCUCAGUGGAGUUACGUCUUUAUUUGAGCAUAUACUUCGCUGACAUAAUUUUCUUCAUUUAAUAAUCGUCUACACAAACGGAAGGUAUCGUUGUCCCAAAGGGUUUGCUUAAAACCAUUACAGACAAGAAAAGGAUCAUAUUUGCCAUUAGACACAGAAAGGGCACGUUUUCUGACCCAUGACCAGCGAAAUCAGGUAACCUGAAAUUGGCUAGAUUUUAAAACUAUUUGUGUACUUAAAAGCACAAAAACGUUCCUUCAAGUGUUAAGGAUUUUCUUUAUAUUGUUAUCAACGAUGCAUAUCAUUCAAAUUACGGGAUGCGCAAAGUUGUCACAGUUUAAAGCUGUCUUAUUUCUUUCACCUUUCAGAUAUCAACGAGUGCCUAAUAACAAAACCGUGCAAAAAUGGCGCCACUUGCGUUAAUAGCAUUGGAGGAUACGACUGUCUUUGUGUCCCUGGAUUUCAAGGGAAGCAUUGUGAAACAGGUACAAAAAGAUUUGUGUAAUAAAAUAAAGCGAUCAAAACUGUAUCAUUCUGGCCUAGAAUGCUGAAGGAUCCGUUGCGACCCAUUGCAAAUAAUACUUCUUAUAUAAGAAAUUAUCCACUCAUUUUCAUUAAUGAACCUCACGUGUAUCAUUUUUUAAAAUUAAUUAGAUGUGAAUGAAUGUUUAAUAAAUGGCAUAUGUAAGAAUGGAGGAACUUGCGUCAAUGUUAACGGUGGAUACCGAUGCCAGUGUUUGAGUGGAUACCAAGGGAAGCACUGUGAACAAGGUAGAAAUAGUAUUUUAAAGUUUACAUAUACUGACGACUUUUGAGCCGUUUAGUUCUUUGACAAGAAAGCGAUCAAUUUAGACUGUUUUAAAUAACUGCUUGGGUUUUACCCUUAAGAUGUGAACGAGUGCACAACGACAAGACCAUGCAGAAAUGGAGCCACCUGUGUGAACAAGAACGGUGGAUAUGAUUGCUUGUGUGUUCCUGGUUUCAAAGGAAAGAACUGUGAGAUAGGUAAAGAACCUUUCUUAAAAAUGAUUUUCUUCAUAAGUAUUGUGACUGGAAACGUUCUAGCAGUUUAGUUCGAAAAUAAAUUGUUUCUACGUUUAUCUAUUGAUUUGUUUAUGUCUGUAUCUGUUUAUCUGUUAACCAAUUUACCAAUGCUUUUAUUUAUACGAUUAUUACUUUUUUUUUUAUAAGAUGUCAAUGAGUGUAUCACUAGACCUUGUUUGAAUGGUGGUACUUGUGCCAAUCAGCAUGGAAGCUACCAAUGCGUUUGCCUGGCGGGAUUUACCGGCAAGCACUGUGAAACCCGUAAGUGAUAAUGUUAUUCCUGUCCGGGAAUAGAAUCAUUUUCGAGGUUGAUUGUCGUCUUCAACUUAUAUCUGAAUGAAUAGAUAAUCAAUAAGUGUUCUUUUUUGGCAAAUAUUAUUAUUUAGGAACAGGCACCAGCUCCUGAAAUAAAAAUACUUGCACGAUGGUAAAAUUUCGGGUAAGACAAAAGAAAGGAAAAGCAAACAAAGAAACGAACAUUGGGAACAAACACGCAAAACCAAUUAACAUACAGCGUAAACAAGAACAAAAAAGCCACAAACAAAAAAAUAAUAAUUGAUAAAUCGAUAUCUUGGAGUAUCGACUGAAGUGUGAAGGUGAGAAAGUGAAAAUAAAUUACUCAGCCCCUCCUCAAUGGCCUUUGUUAAAAAUUCGGUAUGUGUUGUUCCCAUUCGCUCAUUGAUAUGCCGCAAGAGCUUCAAGGUGCAUAAAUAAGUCCGAGUUGUUCACAUGUAUUCCUCAAGAACAAGUUGAAAACGUUCAAUAAUGAUCUUUUUAUAGAAAUGAGUAGCUAAAAUGUUCAUGCUUAACUCUGUUUCAUGAUAAUUAAGGAUGAAAAUCGCGUUAGGACUGUGCCCAAAUUUUCCUGAGUGCACGUAGAGAUGCAUUUAGUUACUCUCUACGUCCAUUUUCGUCAAUAUGAUACAGGAGACCUUGCUCUCUUACAUGAUGAUAAAUACUGAUGUUUAUAAAAAAUUAAAGCACCCAUCUUUGUUUUCAAAAGAAAUCGAUGCAUGUGCAAGUUACUCGGUGCUAGAUGAGAAGGACCGUGCAGCUGGAAACGAUGCAAACAAGUAUACGUGCGACCAAAGGGAUAUUGCAACACCGGCGUGGUACAGGUUUUCUGGAGACGCUGGCGAUAAAAUGGCGGACUCCUGUGUUCCUGAGUUGCACUGCGGAACACAUGCGCCGGGGUGGUUAAAUGGUGAUCAUCCCGUAAAUGAAGGGGAGGUCGUCGAGAGGCAAGCUUGCUUUCACUGGGGAUCCAGUUGCUGUAAAUGGUCUACAAAAAUAAAGAUAAAAAAGUGUAAGGGAUUCUUUGUCUAUGAGCUUCAAAGAACUCCAGCCUGUCAUCUACGUUACUGUGGAAACUCUGGUUUACGUAAGUGACAAAAACUACCAAUAUUUCCAUUGAAUUUGUAUGUUAGACCUGAUAAAAGGACAAUAGAUGUCUCCAGUGGAAUAUAUUUUGGGGUCCUAAGAUAAUAUCGGUCUGUUUCAUGGUGCCUGAUUUAUUUCUUUUUUUAAGUAUGAAUUGAUAUAGUCAUUGUCUGUCUGUCUGUCUGCUUUUUAUCUGUCCGUUGAUCCUUCUAUCUUUCUCUACAAAUGAAUCCAUCAUCCACAUCUUUUUCUCUGAACUUUAGCCGUGAACGAGUGUGCCGUUACAAAACCAUGCAAGAACGGAGCAACCUGUGUUGAUUUGAAGCGUGGAUACCAAUGCCUCUGCGCCUCAGGGUUUACAGGAAAAGAUUGUGAACAAGGUAUUCUAAUGCAGAUGUGUAACAAAAAAUGGAACGAGUUGAAAUUAAUGAAUGACAAAGAUUGAUUGAAUGAUAAAUGAAUGAAUACCGAUUCAUGCAUCAACAAAGGAAAUUCUAACGCGGAUGACUUUCCUACCUAAGUUAAUAUGCGCUUUUACUAUGUUAAAAGAAGUUUGUGAUUGUUCCAUCAGAUGUAGAUGAGUGCUUGAUAAGCGGUCUGUGUAAGAAUGGUGCCACAUGUGAAAACAGCGUGGGUGGAUAUCAGUGUAAAUGCCCCAGUGGAUUCAAAGGAAAACGCUGUGAUGAAGGUAACAAAAAAGAUCAAAAAUAAAAAGAAUUGAAAGAGAAAUGUUACUUUAUUCAUUUCAAGCAUUCUUAUAGGGAGUUUGGUUAGAAGAAAUUGCAGUUUUUCUAUGAGGAUUUUUACCGGUUCCCGUAAUUGAGAGGAUACUGGAUUAUUGUUGCAAAUAUCCGUCAACCUCAGUAACAGUCGCCUUCAGCAAUCCUUGUGAGACCCAAAGCGCCAUAGAGGUGACUGAGAGACGGACCGACAAAGCAACAGCAACAAUAACAAUAACGAAAACAACAAAACAUGUAUAAACUUCAACGCAAGCGAUAAAUUUUAUCAUGUAUCUUUAUUCUUUAGCCUUUGAAAAAAUAUAUUUAUUUAUUUUAAUACAAUUCUGAAGUUUCAACGCAUGAAUGUGACUUCCUUAUAUCUUUACAUGUAUACCUCUACGCCCUUCAGAUGUCGAUGAGUGUUCAGCUAAUACUAAAUGUAAAAUGGCGCAACGUGUGUCAAUACCAUUGGCGCAUAUCAGUGCCUUUGUUCACGAGGAUAACAAGGGAAACAUUGCGAUCAAGGUCUCAAUUUUGUAAUUACCAACGGACCAGUCAUUUUCCGAUCGCCUGGGGGGAUAUUAGGUGUAUCACAUAGUUUACAAGGGGAACAUAACAAGGAUCAGCCGUCGUUAAAUGAUUAUAUAUAUAGGGUUUACUGGGGGAAAGGAUCAUUAGAAUUUUACAGAGCCUUACGGUGGGAUAAGGUAAAUUUCAUCCUUACUUACAUCAUUUCAUCAGAUGUGGACGAAUGCACGAACAGUCCAUGUAAAAAUGGUGGAAGUUGCAUGAACCUUAGAGGGAGUUAUAGAUGCGACUGCAUUAAAGGAUUUACAGGCAAACACUGCGAACAAGGUUUGCUGGCGAUUUUUUAGAAUUUUUUUGUAUUUGAUAUACACUCAACCGUCCAACAGACUACAGUGACUUAACAGCUAGAUUUAUGCACAUGUAUGUAUAUGUAUUUCACAGACAUAAAUGAAUGCAUAACGAUUCAACCAUGCAAGAACGGUGCAACGUGUACAAACACUAUCGGUUCCUAUAUGUGUCGCUGUGACAGUGGAUACCAAGGAUUACUCUGCGAUCAAGGUAUACAUAUAUCGACCCUUUACUACAACCAGCAUUGAAAAUUCAGUAUAAUGAAACCUAAGCAAAUGCCUCCAAUGAAGUCUCAAGUAACUGUUUGGGACACAGAAAAAAAUUGAGCAGAAGACCUCAGAUAUAAGUUAUGGCACAAUACUAGCUUGCACAAUCAACGCGUCACGAUGUCACGAUGCUUCUUCUGAUCUUUUUUUCCAUCCCCAAAAUAAAUAGCCUUAGUAAACACAGUGUAAAUGCUUUUAUAUAUUGUUUUAGACAUCGACGAGUGUUCUUCAUCAAGUCUGUGCAGAAAUGGCGCCACCUGUACAAACACGAUCGGAGGAUACAAGUGUUCUUGUGCCAGUGGAUUCGAGGGGGAACAUUGUGAUCAAGGUAAAGCGUAUCAAUAAAACAAUAUCCUUUAGUCAUAAUUAAUAAGGGCAAUUUAAUAGUGGCAAAUAGAAAAGGAAUUUAUAAAAGAUCUGAAUUAACAGUCACGUGAUGGAGCUUUUUCACUUUGUUUACCUCUAUUACCCAUUUUAGAUAUUGAUGAAUGUAAGAGCGGUCCUUGUGUGAACAGUGGAACUUGUUAUAACAAGCCUGGCAGCUUUGAAUGCAAGUGUCCUGAUGGAUAUGAUGGCGAGCGCUGCGAAAAUGGUAUAUAAAGCACAAAGUUAGAUAUCAAAUUAUAAAGCAUUUGUUAGUUGACGCUCAAAUGAGCUUUAGUCUGAGCCUCUAUGGCAUAAAAAUAGCUGUUUGCCUGUUGAUUCUGGGUAAAUGAGAUAAUUCGCUCAUAACCUUUCAACUACAAUUAUGUAACGUUUGUCGAGAAAUAAUAAAGCUAGUGUGAUGCGUGAAACAUUUUCUUUUAUGAAUACCUUGUCUGAUAAUUAAAGAGAUUUUGCCUAUCUGAUCACCAGUUGGCGUGCACGUAAUUUCGUGAAUAUAUUGAGGUCUCUAGGUCUUUCGGAUAAUCUUCUUUUCUAGAUAUCGACGAAUGCGCUACCAAAGACCCAUGCAAAAAUGGUGCCACUUGCAUAAACAUAAUUGGCGGAUUCCAGUGUUCGUGCGCAAGUGGAUUCGAUGGGAAAUAUUGCGAACAAGGUACCUUUCUUUUAUUGUGCAAAUUUGUAUUGAGAAUUAGGCAUUCCGCUAGACAUUUCUUGUGUAUUUAUGAUAAGUACUCUCUGCGUGAAACGUUGUAAUAUAUUAAUUUAGCAAAUACCACACAGCUAAAUAGUGCUUUUCGCGCGCGCUGAUUUUCUGGUUUGAAAGUUUUAAAUAAACUAUUUAUUUUGUUUGUUUCUGUGUGAUACAUACUAAAGAGGAAAAAUAGUCACCUCCACUUCGGGGCAUUAUCGUUAAGUACUGUCUGUAGCAGCGUCUAUAUAGGCCCGCGCACAUGUUACAAGCUCAAUCGUUUAGCGCUGCUUAUAAACUAUAUUUUGCUAAAUGAGAUUUCAAAGUAGUUUCAAUGAUAUCACAUUUCACAACGCUCAAGAAAGGAGAGAUGCCAGUUACAUGUAAUAGCUGACCACCGAUUUUCCACACUGGUUAGUUUUAUUUGUAGACGAAACGUCCACUUUAAUAUUUUGCGAUUUUAAGAGUCUUUACGAUGUUUCGUUUUCCAGAUAAGGAUGAGUGCAAGGUGAACCCAUGCAAGAAUAGUGCUACGUGUAUCAAUCUGAUUGGUGGGUUUGAAUGCAAAUGUUUACCAGGCUUUCAAGGGGAUGUAUGCGAGCAGGGUACGUAUCUCUUGAUGAAUUUGGGUAUACCAGUAAAAUAAUUCUUUAAAUCAAAUAUGUCUACACACUUAAUUUGUGGAAGAGAUGAGGAUUAAAUUGCAACACUGAAUUCAAUGACAGAUAUUGACGAGUGUGUGGGAGACCCAUGUCUGAACUCUGGAAACUGUUCAAACACUCCUGGAAGUUACAAAUGCGAGUGUAUCAAGGGGUUUGAGGGCAAAAACUGCGAAAAGGGUAUGUAUCUCUGUUAACUUUGGGAGUUAUAGCUCAGUGAACGUCGUUAUGCGGAGGAGUAGCGGAUGAACCAUGAAAACCCCGUUUAACCCUGUAUCACGUCACAGUUAGGUUUUGAGAUCACAAUUUGCUAAUCAUCCCAAUGGAAAGCUCUCCUUUGACACAAUGACAAAAAGAGUGAGGUAUAAUCCAAAUUUAAAAGGCCGAAUUGUACUUGAGUUACUGGAGUACUGUGAGGUGGCAUCAUUGUUACACUGUCAUGAAAUACUUUACUCAGACACCUAGCCUUACUUUUGUCCCGCUAAAAUGAAAGAAAUUGCUCAUACCAGACAAUAAAUAGAAGUGAAAGUUAAAACUAGCUGAAAUAAUAAGUAUUUCGUGUAAUGUUUUAUUUUAAGUGUUUUUGUUUCAAAAUGCAGUACGAUUAUGAACUUCGUCCUAACUUUCGCAUGAGGGUAAUAUGUCAGCUUGAUAAGGUAAACAGGGAGGCAGAUCAUCAAGAGUCAGGUCGAAAUUACCACACAGUUGAAGCGUUCCAUGGACAGAAAGGCUUCAUCGGCUAGCUAUGAUUAUUACAGAGAGAAAUAUAAGGAAUGUUAGCCUACGAUCGAUCGUUAACACACACUCUUCAUUUCAUUUAGAUGUAGAUGAAUGUAAAAGGAGCAACCCCUGUCAAAACGGUGGCACGUGUCAAAAUAAGAAAGGCACUUAUCAUUGCUCAUGUCCAGAUGGAAUUACAGGCUUUAACUGCGAGAUAAGUAUGUCAUAAACAUGAAAAGGAAAUGUCUGAAUUAAGUAUAAUCUAUCAGAGUGAGCAGCCUUGAUGAUAACAAAUAUUUCACUUCUGUGUUUUUUGAACUCCCAUGUGACUGUUUUUGUUCCUCAUGCUAAAAGGUCUUCUUCCUCCUCCUCUGGUUCAUCUUCUUCUUUCUUCUUCUAAUUAUCCUUCUUCAUCAGCAUCUUAUUCCUUUUCUUCAUUUUCUUCGUCUUCAUCUUCAUUAUCAUCUUCUUUUUUAUUGUUCUUCCUCUUAUCCUUCUUCAUAUUCGUCUUCUUCUUAUUCAUCUUCUUCUCCAUUAUCAUCAUCUUAUUCUUCUUUUUUUUCAUCAUCUUCUUUUUCUUCGUCCUCCUCGUCGUCUUUUUAUUUCAACAUUAAUUCUUAUUUGAAAAUCACCCUCUAUGUGUUUACCAUGGCCACUUGUUUCUUUCAGAAAUAUCCUUCAAAGAACUUGGUUGUUUUAGAGACAGGUCCAACGACCGUACAAUGACUUUGCUAAAGAACCUACGAAAGUACAUUGACUGGCGCGACAUGUCCAAGACAGUUAAAAACUGUUCUGAGAUUGCAAGAGGCACACCGGGGUAAGUAGCUUUGGCAAAAUGUGAUCAGUUUGCUGGCCUUAAUUAGUUUCCUCUGUUACAUAGCAUAUUCAUUGCUCUGUUAUUUAUUUUACAUUGUGUUUGUUACGGUAUAAGCUAACCGACAGAAAAAUACUGCAAUCCUACAGACUCGACAACUUUAUUAAACAAAGAGUAAUAAUCUUAAUGAGGAGCGACUCCAAAAGGCAGUACAAUAUUUAUCCUCGAAAAUUACUUAAGCCCACUACAGUCUAUAUCUUAGCUCAGCACUAUACCAAACUCACAGUUUCCUCCAACGUUUCUUGAAAUUAGCAAUCUUCCACUAUAGCUCACCCUCAUGGUAUAACUUUCUACACAGUCGGUCACUCCUGACAACAACAACUACUACUACUGCAUACCUGAGUCCUGAUAUACAUUCACAAAGUGCGCUGGAACAUUCCAGAAGCUUACAAAAGAACAAUAUAGAAGUAUUACGAGAUAAAUGUGUGAAAGCCGUUCUAUGGUACGCAUGUCAGCAUGACAGAUUUCGAGAAGCUUUUAUGUACAACAAUAAUUACUCAUAACAUGUUAUAAAACUUGUACCUCCAAAUGAUGGAAGGAAGGCUACUUCAUAGAACAUUUACCUGAGCAUCCAGGGUACAUUGCAUUCACGGUUUACAUAAAUUAUUGACCUUUUUUUUUUUUUCGUGUAUUCUGCUCAUAGGGUUUACUACUUUGCGAUUCAAUAUUACGGAGAGUGUUUCGGUGCGCCAGAGGGUACCAAGUAUGAUAAAUUUGGCCGAGCAUCCAACUGCUGGUCCGGUGUGGGAGGAGCUAACAGCAACUUCGUUUACACGCUAUAUUAA